CCAGCCGGCGGCCGGCCGGCCGGAGCUUUCCGGGAGCUCCUCGGGCGUGGGCGGGGCGACUGUGUGGGCGGAUCCGGAUUAAGCCAGCUCCGUGAAGGGUGUGUUUCUGGCCCGGCCCUGCCUCCAUGGCCCUCCCUCGCCCGUCGUCAGGGGGCCCGUGGGCCACGGCGGUUCGGGAGCCACCCAUUAGCUUGCCUGCCAGUCUGUUGACCGGGAGUUGAGCCGGUCUCGGCAGCAGGUGGCACCCAAUGUGGGGCAUGAAGGAAACAUCGCCAAGAGCAAAAGUGGAACUUCAGCGGUGCGGGACCCGGAAGCAGUGUGGAUAGAGGCCUCUGAAGAUCUCCCGUUGGGCUUUUCAAAAUGUCCAACAAAGAAUCUUGUGGAAAAAAAGACAAGUCUCAGAGAAGAGGCACCACCUCAUCACCCAACUUUGAUGAAGAAGAUAAGAAAGAGAAAAAAAACUCGGCGAGUUCUGCUGGUUCAGCUUGCUCUGUAAGAUCUGUUUCAUCAGAGAAGAGAAAACUGAAAUCAGAUCAUACAGACAUUCUGUAUUGUAAUGUAAAAAGAAGACAAGAACUGAACAGACUGAAUGUAGAAACUGACACUGCCCGAAAGAGACCAAAAAUCAGCUUUUCAUCCCGAGGACCCGUUAAACUCCAAGAAGCAUCAUAUUCAAAUAAUAAUCAAAUGAUUUCCCAGAGUUUUUCUUCAAAUGGAGCUAAAAAGGAUAUCAAUAAAUGUGUAGAUUUUAAAGUGAAAGGUAGUAAAUUGACAAAUGUUAGGAGUAAGCUUGACCAUGGAAAUAAAAACUUUAGCAGUCCUGAGAUUGCCAAAGAUGUGAAACCUAAAGCUGAAGGUGAGGCAAAUGAAAAAAAAUGGGCUCAUUUACUUGCUCAGAGGGGGAAGAUGAAAGAACACGAGAAAGAAAAGUACAAUAAAUUUGGAGACAGUUCUGAAAAAUGUGUUUUGGAGAAAUGGAAGAGAAUCCAAUUUUCUCAGGAUUACAGUUCCGACAAGAUAAUUAAGGAACCCCUCAAAUCUAGAAGAAGGAAGAUCAGUUUCAAAAUCCCAGCAAAAUCUUGUGAUACUCUCCAGAAGCUUGUAGGAGGAAGUGUCUUCAGUGUAGAUUCUACCAAAUCGAAGACUAAGCCGGAGAACAAAGAAUGCCUGGAAGGCUGCUGGGUGUCCUUUAAUUUGACUAGGCACCCAAGAGAACGUUUAUUUUCAGAUUCCAUGUGUAAGCAGACUGUUCAUGAGUCAAAAGGAAAAUAUCAUCGUGAGCAUCAUGAAAGUAAUGAUUCAAGUUCUAGUGCAAACCUAACCCAGAGUUUUGAAGCACCGUGUUCUUCAGUGUCCCUUGAAAGUAUUCAAGAUACAGAUCAAGAGAUGCAGAUAGUGGAAGAGCUUCAUGCUGCGCGUGUGGGAAAAAGUGCGGAUUUACCUGUGGUUCCACCUUCUGGAGAGUUAACGAGUAUGGAAAUUGACUUGGUGGAAGAUGAUGUACAUUCCUCUGCUGCAAAUACUGCUUCAGACAAAAAGCUUCUAAUUGUAAUUGAUACAAAUAUUCUGAUGAAUCAUCUCAAAUUUGCUAAAAUUUUGAAGACAACAGAAAUCACAGGCUUUGACAGACUUGUAUUAAUAAUUCCCUGGGUUGUUGUGCAAGAGCUAGAUCGUAUGAAGGCAGGAAAACUGCUAAAACAUGCCCAGCACAAAGCCAUACCUGCAGUUCAUUUCAUCAAUGACAGUCUCAAAGAUCAAGAUCGAAAGCUAUGGGGUCAGUCAAUACAACUUGCAUCUCAAAAACUUUAUGGAUUGAGUGAUGAGAACAAUGAUGAUCGAGUAUUAAAAUGCUGUCUUCAGUACCAGCAAUUAUUCCCUUGUUCUCUUGUUAUUCUGUGCACGUAUGAUAGAAAUUUAAGAAACAAAGGCCUAAUAAGUGGUGUGAAGUCACUCAGUAAAGAAUAAUUGAGUGCAGAGUUGUUAAACUUAUCUCUGAACACAGAUGUAUGUCAUCAGCCCUGUAUAUCUAAGCAACAAUUGAAAGCAGAAGCAGCACCUUUGGAAGAGAGCUGUGAGGAAGAAUCUACAAAUUCUGGACUACUCAUUCUACUUGAAAGCAUCAUAUCUGACCUUGAAAAAUCUCUUGGAACAGCUUUAUCUUCAAUAUUAGAAACAGAAAUGAAAAUUGCUUUUGGAAACCUUUGGAUGGAGAUGCUGUACUUGAAACCACCAUGGACUCUAAUACACUUAUUACAGUGCUUUAGAAAACAUUGGUUGGCUAUAUUUGGAUUAGUUAUGGAAAAGAACUUGCUUUUAACCAUUGAGAGCCUAUAUGAAAAUCUCUACAAAGCUAACAGUGCAGUGGAUUUUACAACAGUGAAAUUCCUGCUUCAGGAUUCUAAGAGUUUGUUACAUGCUUUCAGCACAAGGUCGCAUUAUGAUGGUGUUCUUCCACAGGCCUUUGCUCAAGUAAGCAAACUGCUCCAAACAUUUACAGAGGUCAAGGCAAAACUUAAGCAAGAUCCUUCAGAAAAUACAGUGGGUAAAAAGAAAGAAGAUUCUUCUUUGAUGAAGUCUAAUAACCAGGAAAUCACCAUUUUCCCAGGUUCUCCUCUUCCCCAGCCCAACAGGCAUCAAGAAAUCUGGUCUAUCCUAGAGAAUGUUUGGAUUACAAUAUAUCAGAACAGCAUGGAUGUAUUUCAAAGAUUAGACUCAAAUUCAGCUCUGACUUCUUCAAAAAUAGCAUCAUUUGAAGAAGCAUUUGUAUAUCUUCAAAAGUUAAUGGCAGCUGUGAAGGAUAUUCUUGAAGGAAUUCAGAGGAUUUUGGCCCCCAACAGUAAUUAUCAAGAUAUCGAGACCCUCUAUAACUUCCUAAUCAAGUAUGAGGUAAAUAAAAAUGUCAGAUUUACUGCCCAGGAACUUUAUGGCUGUGUUUCACAGACUGAGUAUCGGGAAAAGUUAACCAUCGGAUGCCGCCAGCUGGUUGAGAUGGAACGUACCAUGCAGCAGUGCAAUGCAUCUGUCUAUAUGGAGGCCAAAAACAGGGGAUGGUGUGAAGACAUGCUCAACUAUAGGACUUAAAGUGCUGAUUUGUAACUUAAAAGAACAACAGAGCAGCUUUCAACCUUUUGAGCCAAACCCAAGAGACUUGUAAGAAAUGUCUCACAGGUCCAAAAAGGUGACUGCCUACACUGACAAUCUCAGUGAAAUUCCAAAAAGCCUAAUGCAUCCACUAUGGGAUAAACUGUGGACCCAACUCAUCUGAAGUUGACAAUACCUCCCUACCUCUGCUGCUGAUACUGAGCCAGUAUGUCUAAGGAUAGGAGAGCUUCUUGUUGGUAAUCGUAGGGCAGGAGCCAUUGUGGCAUUUGAGGAAAGCCCAGGGCACACCAGUAGCAUCUCUGUCAACCCUAAAUAUGUGUACAGGACCAGAGACACUUCCAAACCCCAAGAAAGAAUUAGGAUGUAACCAUGCUUAAUCACAUUCUACAAACGAAAUCUUACCCUGGGCUGUUUUAUGAUCACAGUCUUCCAUGCAGACCUGGUAAACAUCACACACAUGCCUUCCACUUCCCCGAGGUAAUGAUUGUAGCAUUUUGUCUUCAGCUCCAACUUGCUAUAUAACCUCUUGUCCUCCUCCCUGGGCUCGUCACUUUUCAGUGCAUUUCUCAAGAGAGGAGCAAGGAGACCCUAAGGCUGAGUUUCUCUUAAAUGUGAAGCAACGUGGAUUUAUGGGAUAGGUGGCAGUGACUGCUGUUGCCCCUAGCUAAACCAAGAGUUUGACUUAUUCCUUAUUUAGUUACACAGUAAUUUAGAAAUCCUUGUUUACUAGAGUAUAUUAUGCUUUUGUUAAUACAUUAGAUUAAAUCUAAUUUGGUAUUCUAUUAUAAAUGCUUAUUUUUUUUAAAAAAGCAAUAAAUUAUUUUUAGUAAGAUUUUGCUUUUCACUUUACUUCCAAAUUGUGUUUCUGAACUGUGUACAGGUAUGAUUAUAUAAGUGGCCCUCUCCAAUGAGAGAAGCUGCUCCGAUGCUCACUGCGGUGUGGGGAGGACCCACUGAGCUGUUUGCAGAGGAAGCCGCCUCCACCUGGGGCUCAAAGUGCCAUCAGAGGUAUGAGCCUGGGUGGAAGAAGAUGCCGCCGGGGCGUGUCUGCCUCUUUGCCUUUCUUCCUUGAGGAGCCAAAAAAGCAUCCCCUCCCCCACCAAAAGAACUUUUUUUCAGCUCCUUAUCCCUCACCUGCUUCUAGUUGUAAUUACUGGGUUUGGGCUCUGCUUUGUUACCACCCUUUUUAAUACAGGUUAUGCUUUUUAGGAAAUUUCUUGUCACUCCUAUCGCGUGCAUAUCUCUACAUAUUUCACUCUUAGGCACGUGGAUUUUAAUUUUAUCUUAGUCUAUAUGGCUUUUACUUUGUGCAUUAAUUUGUCAAUUAUUUCAACCUUUCUUAAAUUUUUUCAUUUUAUAUUGAUAUAUGGAGAUGUUUUUCUUCUUUCUAGUCUUAUUUUUUAAUUUAGAAACAUUCUUCUAAAAUUUUCUUCCUUUGAAAUGUCAGGGGUUUCUCUCCCUUCUUUAUUGUCGUCUUUUCUGAUCUUAAGCUUUAUUAAUUUUAUACUUUUUUUCUAACGGUCCAAUGCAGGAGUUGAGGGGUCCCUUUCCCCUCACCCUCUACUCCUUCUUUUCUGGGUCCCCCCUCUGGAUUGGAGUCACUCAGCUGACAUAAGGAUCCUAAGCCCCACCUUGCAGAUGUUUUGAUGGAAAAAUAUCAGAUCCUUAAAUGAGAAACAAGUUUUAAAGUCUCCAUUCGUCAAUGUAUAGCUAUUAUAUUUUGGGCAGAAACCACCAUAAGUAUGCCAUGAACCAGAAGUGCCUGAUGGGGAAAGUGACACCAGGGGUUCUCUACAUAAUGCCCUUGGCCUUGCCUUAGUGAGGAGCUGGUGAUAACUUCAUGAGAGGCGUCCAUGAGGAUUAUUCCAGCAAAGUUCCGGCACCAAUUUACACUAGCCUUUUCCUACUUACUUUUACAAAAGAUAGUCCAUUUCCCUCCUGAGAGAUCAGAGAGGGUCCUCUCGUUUGGAGCAGCCCCCCUCUUCCAGCAUUCUGGGCCAAAGAAAAGCUGGCUAAAGAACAGGGGUCUGUGGUGCCCCACGGGGUCUCCUGUUAGGACUUGCAGCAGGCAAUUGGAACUGCAUGAUUACAACUUCACAGAUGGGUUAACUUCACUAUCCUAUCGUGGUCUUUGUCACAUGAGGCGGGGACACAAGUAAGACCUGAAGCUGUUCCCUUGAUCUUUUGCCCAUGAUCUUAAGGGAGAACAGAAGUCCUUUCACUCUUUCAGCGUUGGUCCAGGUUUAUUUAGAUGGUGUCAUGGUCUACCUUCAGAGCCUAGGUCAUAUUGUUCAUACUGCUGACUUUCAACAACUCCCCCUCCCCAGCCCAUCCAUCCAUUAGAGCCCUCUUCAGCUCCCUAGCGAGUCAGGAUGUCUUCUUAGAGGGAAUAUAUCUCACUAUUGAAUAAUCAAAUACAUCUUCCACUCAGGAAGUGAUGCCACCCACAGCCCUUUUCUGAUUUAGAUUGGACUGGCAGGCAAGCCCCAUUCCAGUUGGUGGCUUUUUAGCUAUUUUGCCAAUAAAACCCACUCCUGUGAAAAUAACUCAGCUCCAUGAGCUUGAGCAGAAUUACCAGUUAUGGUAAUGGAAGGUGAGGCGGUAGACACCCAAAUCUCAGCAACUAGCGUGGCUCAGUGUUCCUAACUACAAACCAAUUUCAACAUCCUAUUCUUUGAGUUCUAAUCUUUUCUCAGCCUCUGCAACUCUGUCGUAUAGACUAAUGGUUAUGGGCUAAACUACCUUAGCUCAGUACAUAACCCAUGCACAGCCAGUGGUAAUGAACGGUUCCCUGAUGUAAUUUCUAGUGAGGUACGUGUCCCAGCCCCUUUCCUUUCUAAAGCCUUUUCCUUUUAAAAGUUUGGUCUCCUUUCGGUUAAGCUAGAAGAGACAACCUUUCUCCUUUUUAAGUGUACAGUUCUGAGUUUUGUCAAACACAACCACAUAAUCACCAACACAAUCAAGAUGAGUUCCAUCGCGCCUCAAAAUUCCUUUGUGCCCCUUUGUAGUCAACACCCAUCCUCGCCUCAGGAAGCCGUUGGUGUGUCUGCUAUCCCUGUAGUUCUUUUCCAGAAUGAUAUAUAAAUGGAGGCGUUUGAGGCUGGCUUCUCACUUAGCCCUCGAUGAGAUCCAUCCAUGUUGUUUUAUCAGUACUUCAUUGUUUUUAUUCCUUAGUAGUAUUCCAUUAUAUGAAUGUACCAAUCUAUCCAUUCACCAGUUGGAAGGAUAUUUGAGUCGAUUUGUUUUUGGUGAUUAUGAAUAAAGCUGCUAUAUUUACAUA